AUGCACAAUUGGGUCAAAUACUUGCCUGAUAUAGUUGCAGCCUUAGACACUAUUCCAACAAAUAGUUCCAUGAAGAUUAUACUUUGGCCUGCAACUAAGAAACAAAAGGAAAAUCCUAUUCCUCAACAUUUUCAUGAGGGAUAUCUGGAUGACAUGGAAUUUUGGGCAUUUGAUGACGAAACAGCUACUGCAGCCAUCAAAUUCAAGAAUCGAGAACAUGUUCUGAGAUUGAUUAGUGCUAAAGAACUUCUCCAUUUCAGAGAAAGGGAUAUACGAACUUUGGCCGAUCAUCAAAUCAUUUGCAGGAAAAGAUGUCAUGAAAGCUGCUGCUAA